AUGAUAGCCAAAUCACGCAAGCGAAAGCAAAGGCAGCAGCAUAGUUCGCGUUCGUACAUAUCUGACCGGCACCGACAUGCGCCAGACGAUGUUCAGAGGUCUCCAUCACCGGAUCCUGCACUUUUUAUUCAAGCAUAUGAGGCGGAUGUUGUCCGGGGGCCACAGGCAGAACCUGCGGCGGCAUCGCUCGAAGUCGAGCAGUACAAUGAAGGGGGUAAAGUGCGGUUUCGAGUGGGCGACGGACUGAUCAAGUGGAAGGGCGCUGGUGGUAGUCACUCUCCUGAUGGACUUGAACCAUUUGGGUUGGGCGAAGAGCGCAUACAAUUAGGUCGUGCAGACGUGAAGGUGAAAGAAGCAGCUGAAGAGGAAGGCGGCGUAUGGGUGGACAGGUACGACGCCCGUCUCUUGCUCGAUGCUCUGCCCAGCGUCGGAUCACAGGAAGCAAUGUCUAUCAAUGGCUUGAGUUCCCCGGGAGGGUGGUCUGAUUUGCCCUCGGAUACAGAAGACACGUUCUUUUUGAAUAUAGAGGAGGUGGAAGACUAUCGUCGCGAGAAACGCAGGAAGCUCAUUGACCAAGGUCGGGAGGAACGGUUGAGGGCACUGCGAGCGGAGGCAGGAGAGGACCAGAAGGAGGACACUGCUGAGGAAUGGGGAGACAGUGAUGAGGAGCCCGACGAUGAGCAGAAGGAGCUAAUGCGUCGGACUGCCACGCACAUCCUAGCGUCUCCAAAUCCCGCGCAACUCGAGAUGCGUAUUUUGGCGAACCAUGGCGCAGACACCCGCUUUGCCUUUCUGAGGGGCCGCUGGUCACAGGCAUGGAAAAUGGUCAAAGGGCGCGUAGGGCUGGGUAUACGGAUGACGGAGGAGGCGGAAAAAGAGGCGCAGCCAGCGGGCGGUGGGUUGGGUGGUUUGGCUGGGUAUGGAGACAGCGACGACGACUCUUCAAAUGACGGAGAUGAGAAGACUGGUGGGCCAAGUGAGAAGACCAGGACUGCGACCGAAGAUACCGGACCAGACAUGGAUGAUGAAUUGAAGAAGGCGAGGCGAGCUCGGGCCAAGGAAUGGGCGGAGAAACGACGCGCUAUGAGGCUGCGACAGUACCCCCUGUAUUCCAAGACUAAGCCUCCACCUGCGCUCGCAGGUCAUUUCACGGACGAGGUAUUCGCAAAAUCUCAGGCGUAUGGGAAAGCCAAAGCGAAGUUCUCCCUCGUCGCCGGACUAUACAAGCAAACGCUUGAUUCAUUACUGCUACAUUUCGGCGUGUAUGCGUGGGCAUGGAAGGCCGGAGGACAACUGACAGGAUAUUUUGGAUAUGGGCCUGAGUAUGAGAUACUACAGUCAAUUACAUUCGCUUUCGUAUUGUUUUUCGUAUCCUCUAUCCCUUCCAUACCACUCUCAGUCUAUCAGACAUUCGUUCUGGAGGAGAAACAUGGUUUCAAUAAGACCACUCCUGGGCUAUUCAUUGCGGACCUCUUGAAAGGCUGGGCGAUUGGCCUUGUGAUUGCACCGCCGUUCCUUUCUGCCUUCCUUUAUGUCUUUAAGUGGGCUGGCGAUCGUUUCGUACCAUGGCUCAUGGCGUUCCUCCUGGCAUUCCAGCUAAUCAUGGUUGUCAUAUUCCCCACGGUCAUCCAGCCUCUUUUCAACAAGUUGUCUCCCCUUGCCGAGGGCGAGCUCCGCACCCGCAUAGAGUCUCUCGCAUCGAAGCUGAAAUUUCCGCUCAAGCAUCUGUACGAGAUCGACGGCUCAAAGCGAAGCUCACAUAGUAAUGCGUACUUCUAUGGUCUACCAUGGAGCAAGCACAUUGUAAUCUUCGACACCCUCAUCAAGCAAAGCAAGCCCGAUGAAGUUGAGGCCGUUCUCGCCCACGAACUCGGACAUUGGUACUACCUCCACCCUUCCAAGCUUCUCUUGGUCUCCCAGCUGCACCUGUUCUCCAUCCUCGCGCUCUUCCCUGCGUUCCUCCACGCCCCUCUCGUACUCCGCGCAUUUGACUUCCCCGUUGAUGUCUCUACAAGCCCGCCUACCAUUGUUGCCUUCCUGUUAUUCCAGAUGAUUAUCUCCCCAGUCGAGGCCGUUGUCAGCAUUGGAAUGAAUGCUGUUAGCCGCCGGUUUGAGUAUCAAGCGGACCACUUCGCGUGCGAGCUGCAACACAUGCUCAAAACUGAGUCCAUGGCGGACAUGGGCGAUAGGCUCGGCCGCGCGCUUGUUACCCUGCACGUCGAGAACCUGUCUACAGUUUGGGUAGAUUGGUUGUACUCUGCCUAUCAUCACUCUCAUCCUACAUUGACGGAACGGCUUAGGGCCCUAGAGGGCUACAAGGCGAGCAGUGCUUCUGCCGCUAAAAAGGAGCUGUAG